CAAACCUCCCCUCGCGCAUCCCCAGGCCCUUGGCCUUCCUCCCCAACUCUGGCCUCUGGAGCGCGCUCCUUCCACAUCCCGGGGCUCUAGAGCUGAGGGCUGCUGGGUGGAGAGGGUCCUGGGCAGCUUCUUUAAGGCUCUGGUCCCCGCCUCCUUUUUGCCUCCCUCCCUCCUUUUCCUUCUCCUCCUCCUCUUCUCUAACUUCCCAGACAAGCCGGCAGGGUGUGCGUCUAGAGAGCAGAGCCGAGCAGGUGCCAGAAGCUAGACCUUCGCUUGCCUCUGCUCCGCCUGAGCGGUUGCUCAACGCCGGCUCAGUAGCCAGCCCGGCUGGGAGGAGGACUGGGGCAGCUGCCUACCUCCCUUAUCUGUGCCCCCGCCCCCUUCUCCCCAGGGUCAGAGCCAAACGGGAGCUGCUUCCCAUCUUCUCGGGAUUAAAGCCGGAGCUCGCACUCCCGCCUGCCCGCUCGCUCUCGGCAGCCAGAGCGCUGCAGGCUGGGACCAUGUCUGUGGCUACCGGCAGCAGCGAGCCGGCCAGUGGCGCAGGGGGCGGGGGCAGUCGGGUUUUUUUCCAGAGCCCCCGGGCUGGCUCAGGCGGCGGGUCAGGCUCCAGCUCCAGCGCUGGUUCGGGCUGCAGCACCGGAUCUGGUUCCUCCCGGGAAGAUUCUGCUCCGACAGUUGUGCCUGCUGUGGCCGGGCAGGUUCAGCAGCAGCAGCGGCGCCAUCAGCAGGGGAAAGUGACCGUGAAAUACGAUCGGAAGGAGCUGCGGAAAAGGCUAGUGUUGGAGGAGUGGAUCGUGGAACAGCUGGGGCAGCUGUACGGUUGUGAGGAAGAAGAGAUGCCAGAUGUAGAAAUCGACAUUGAUGAUCUUCUUGAUGCUGACAGUGAAGAGGAAAGAGCUCUCAAAUUACAGGAAGCUCUCGUAGACUGCUACAAACCAACAGAGGAAUUUAUCAAAGAACUCCUAUCUCGGAUAAGAGGCAUGAGGAAACUGAGUCCCCCCCAAAAGAAGGGUAUAUAAUUUUUUGCAUGGAGAGUAGAAUUCUCUCCAAGAGACACAGAAAGGGAAAUGGGAUUUUGAUCACAAGAAGACACUUAUUUAAGAGAAAAAAAUAGUUGUCUUUCUGAGCAACUUUUCUUUUGUUAAGACAUUUUAUCCAUUGGAUGUUUCUUAUUUGUUUUUAUGGAUUUUUUUUAGACCUUUUUUUUUUUUUAAGUCAAAGCUAUCAAUGCUUUGGAUGCAGCACAACUGUCAAUGGAAGAUUAUCCAAUCAGAUGGAAGAGCCCAAGGGAUUUGAUGGAGUCGUCUUGGUAGCUGACAUGGGCAGCCCUAUCUUACGUGGCAAAUGGGAGGGUGUUUGGAAGCUUAUAGAGCAGGGAGAACGGGUUUCUUAUAUAGAUAGUUUGGUAAUAUUUUCCCCCUCAAUUGUAUAGUUGACUCAGAUGUCCAAUUUCUUGUACUUGUAUAUACACAAUUAUGUUACACUGUGGAUUGUGAGUAUUAUUUCCUGUGGAUGGAAUCGAUGUUUGGUCAUCCUUUAAUUGGAGACCGCAGCAUAUGUGUUUUUGAGGGGCAAUUUUACAUUCGUAAUGCAGGUGCUGAGAUUUUAAAAAGUUCACUUUAUGCACCAAAGUGAAGACAUUAAAUGUAUCAGUUCUUUCAGGAAGCUACACUUAAAAUUUUUGGUUGUUACUGUUUUCAAGGGCGUAACUUAUGGAUGGACUUCAUAUUUUCUAUUGAUCCUGAUGCUUUGCCAGACCUUCCUCACUGCCUCAUUCGUAAUAAUUUGGAAUCAUGUUAACCCUUUGUUUGAAGCUCUGAUAGGAUCUCUAUAGAGGAAUGCCAGCACUGUCUGAACAGUGUUUUACUGCAGAAAAAGAAAGCACUGUGCAGCAUUUACUUCUCUGCUUUCUACAAAAUACAGUGUACUCUUUCUCCCAUUAAAUAAAGCAGGUCAGAAGAAGGGAAGCAUGUUAGAGAUCCAUCUCAGGCAAACUGGGUGCUUUUGGCCCUAGGACAACACUAGGUCUCUCACAGGGAGAACACAAUUCGAGUGUCCCAUUGAGCUGAUGGGAGGCAGGGAAGCCUCUACCUCCUAUGAUGACCUAAUUCUAGGAAGUCUUGAUGUCAGAACAUGCUCCAAAUAGUGUCAGUCCUUUCUGACCCACCCUAGAAUGUGGGUGAGGGCAUAGCAGUUUAAUAGAAGGCGAAACUGGGCAAAGCUAUGCUGCCCAUUUCUUUCCCCUUUCCCUUGCUUUGGGGCCAGGCCUGGGAAGUCAAUUGUCCUUUCUUCCAUAGUAUAUUCCUGCUCCUUGUAAGAUGAUUAAAUAGGUCUGCAGUAGUGGCAUGGCUAUGUAACUAUGUCUAAAAAAAGGAGAGAGAGAGAGAGAGAGAGAGAGAGAGAGAGAGAGAGAGAGAGAGAGAGAGAGAGAGAGAGAGAGAGAGAGAGAGAGAGAGAGGGAGGAGAGAAUGCUCCAGGUGGACCUUUGGCUUCUUUGACUGGUAUUCUUUAUCUGCUAUGUGAUAUUCAUAAGUGAUCAUGUAAAAGAAGACAGUAGUCAGGCAUUUUAUAUCAAGGGUGCUCUAAACAUAUUUUAUUUUUAAAAAGAAAUAUGUUUGUGAAUUUUCUGUAUACUGGCAAGCUUUUUAAAAUGUAUUUAAUUUUGUAAUGUUUACCAAUGAUUUAUUUACAAGAUAUUUACUCAAAUAAAUGGAACAACUUACAACUCUUGUUACAUG